AUGAUGCUCACAAAGAGUUACCUCCUUGCCGCUGCAACUGCAGCCUCGACACUGGCAGCGGUGCUACAACCAGUUCCGCGUGCCUCCAGUUUUGUGACGGUAUCGGGAACACAAUUUAACAUUGAUGGUAAAGUAGGCUACUUUGCGGGCACCAAUUGCUACUGGUGUUCGUUCCUUACCAACCCUGCGGAUGUUGAUUCAACCUUGAGCCACAUUGCUUCCUCUGGACUCAAGGUCCUACGUGUAUGGGGCUUCAAUGAUGUCAACCAGCAGCCUUCGCCUGGAAACAUUUGGUUCCAGAAAUUAUCCGCAUCCGGUUCUACGAUCAAUACAGGAACCGACGGGUUGCAAACCCUUGAUUAUGUAGUCAAGUCAGCCGAGCAACAUGGCAUCAAGCUUAUUAUCCCGUUUGUCAACAACUGGAAUGACUAUGGUGGAAUUAACGCUUAUGUGAAUGCCUUUGGUGGCAAUGCCACUACUUGGUUCACUAAUUCGGCGGCUCAAACCCAGUACCGCAAGUAUAUUCAGGCUGUCGUCAGCCGCUACAGUAACUCAACCGCUAUCUUUGCGUGGGAGUUGGCCAAUGAGCCUCGCUGCAACCAGUGCGAUACUGGCGUCAUAGUUCAGUGGGCUACAAGCGUGUCUCAAUAUGUCAAGUCGCUCGAUUCAAACCAUCUUGUGACACUUGGAGAUGAAGGACUCGGCCUUAGCACUGGAGACGGCUCUUAUCCAUACACCUAUGGAGAGGGCACUGACUUUGCCAAGAAUGUGGCAAUCAAGUCGCUCGAUUUUGGAACUUUCCAUCUUUAUCCGGAUUCUUGGGGUACAAACUAUCCUUGGGGAACCACCUGGGUUCAAACCCAUGCUGCGGCUUGCCUUGCUGCAAACAAGCCAUGCGUGUUUGAAGAAUACGGCGCACAGAACAAUCCCUGUACUAACGAAGCCCCUUGGCAAAGUACCUCCUUGGCUUUGGCUGCCCGUGGUAUGGGCGGCGAUAUGUUCUGGCAGUGGGGAGAUACCCUUUCCUAUGGUCAAUCCAACAGUGACCCAUACACCGUCUGGUAUAACUCAUCGAAUUGGCAAUGCUUGGUCCAGAAUCAUGUUGCAGCUAUCAACGGCGGCACAACCCCCCCUCCUCCUUCAUCUACGACUACCACCAAGUCGGCCACCACGACGUCGACUAAGACCACGUCGACGGCCUCGCAGCCUACUGGCAACUGUUCCCCCUUGUAUGGCCAAUGCGGAGGCCUUUCAUGGACUGGUGCUAAAUGCUGUUCACAAGGAACUUGCAGAUAUAGCAAUGAUUGGUACUCACAAUGUGUACCUUCAUAA